AGUUUGUGUGUGAGACGUCGAUGUGAACCAGUUUUUUCAGUUGAAUGUAACACAGCUAACGUGAUGAGGCUAAGCUAGCUGUCAGCCAGGCAUCCACGGGUUUUGCUGCAGAGUUAGCUAGCUACCGGAUGCUCCCGGUGUCGUAUCCUACUGGCCGUCUUGACAUUCCCUCAACAUUCCUGGACGAAUUCGUGUCGACUGACCAGAGUCCGCGAAUUCAGGUCCAUUCCCAAUCUAACCUUUCCCCGCUGGCGUAAUUUAGCUGGCUUGCCGGCUAACUGAGAGUUCACACCCGGAGAACCGGAUUUACGAGAGUUCCACUUAAGGACCACACCCAGACAAGAUGUCACUUCAUCAGUUUCUGUUGGAACCCAUCACCUGCCACGCGUGGAACCGCGACAGGACACAAAUAGCAAUCAGUCCAAAUAACCAUGAAGUCCAUAUCUACAAGAAGAGUGGCAACCAGUGGGUUAAGACCCAUGAGCUGAAGGAGCACAAUGGACACAUAACAGGUAUUGACUGGGCUCCCAAAAGUGACCGUAUAGUGACAUGUGGAGCAGACCGUAAUGCCUAUGUGUGGUCCCAGAAGGAAGGGGUAUGGAAGCCAACACUGGUCAUCCUCAGGAUCAACCGAGCUGCCACCUUCGUCAAGUGGUCUCCACUGGAGAACAAGUUUGCAGUUGGAAGUGGUGCUCGACUCAUUUCUGUCUGCUACUUUGAGUCUGAGAAUGAUUGGUGGGUGAGCAAGCACAUCAAGAAGCCAGUACGCUCCACCAUCCUCAGUCUGGACUGGCAUCCCAACAACAUCCUGCUGGCUGCUGGAUCCUGUGACUUCAAAUGCAGGGUGUUCUCAGCCUACAUUAAGGAGGUGGAAGAGAAACCAGGCCCCACACCCUGGGGCAGCAAGAUGCCAUUUGGCGCUGUGCUAGCAGAAUUUGGAGGAGCGGGUGGAGGGGGUUGGGUCCACUCUGUCUCUUUCUCAGCUUCUGGUAAUCGCCUGGCCUGGGUCAGCCAUGAUAGCACUGUCACUGUGGUGGACAGCUCCAAGACUGCCAGUCCCUCACAGCUGAAGACGGAGUUCCUUCCUCUCCUCAGUGUCAUUUUUGUUUCAGAGAACAGUCUAGUAGCUGCGGGCCACGACUGUUGCCCCAUGCUGUUCCGUUGCGACGAUGGUGGAGCGCUGACAUUUGUGUCAAAGCUUGACCUCCCCAAGCAGAGCAUCCAAAGGAACAUCUCUGCCAUGGAGCGCUUCAGGAACAUGGACAAAAGAGCCACCACCGAGGACCGCAACACUGCCCUGGACACACUGCACCAGAACAGCAUCACCCAAGUGUCGAUCUAUGAAGGAGAUAAAAGGGAUUGUCGCAAGUUCUGCACCACAGGCAUCGAUGGAGCAAUGACCAUUUGGGACUUCAAGAGUCUAGAAGCUUCUAUCCAGGGUCUCCGCAUCAUGUGAAGAAAUCUUAUAAAUGAAUGAAGAAACGCAGCAGGCCUCACUUCUCCCCUCGACCCCCCCCUCCCCCUCUCCUCUUUCCACCUCACCCCCUCUCUGCUCCUGCGACGCAGCCAGUAACACAUAACUGACCGCCUAAUCGAGUGUCUGCUGAAGCACUGAUCAGACCAUAACGCACUCUUGUGGGUGUGUGCAAACACUCUCUCACACACACACACACGCACACGCACACUAAAGUACACUCAUACACUACACGCACACACUGAGCUGACGUGUGACAUCACUGUUGAUUUUUUUUGUUUGUUUUUAAAUGAAGGUUAACCAGGUGUCAAAGUGGGAAGCUCCUCUGACACGUAUAAAAACGUGGCGUGAAAUGUGUGUUUUUAUGUUCUCUAACCUCCUGUACCAAAAGUUGAACACAAAAAAGGUGCGUUUUAUCCAAAAGUCAGACUGUAUGUCACCUCAGAUCAACCUUAACAUGAUCUCUGAAUAUCAAUGUUUAGUAGAACGGAGGACGUGAUGCUUUACUUCCUUGGGUCUAGUAAAUAUUCUCCCGCAGGUGAAGUGAUUGUGAGGUUAUGACCCGGGUUAUUGAUAUUCUGAGGUCAUGUUGCUGGUUGGCUGUAGAGAGCUGUAUAGGAUCUGAUGGUGGAGAGAGAAAGCAGUUGUCUGAACUCUGUGUGGAGUCACGGCUGGCCAGCACUAAGCUCUGUAGCUACUACACUAAAACCACACAAGAUGGAGGAUUUCUAUGUAACUGAUCAUGAGGUAGGCAUGAAAUAAAGAUGUACAUUUACAGUACACAACUCA